UUCCAGCAAAGUUCGGACUUCCCGGGAUAACUUCAAUUUGCUUUUAUCGGAUGAAGAUCACCUUUGGCGGCCACCUUUAUUGCAAGGCGACAGAAGAACAUCGCGGUGCUGCAACUCAGGGACAUUUAAGUGGACUAUUUUUUUGUUCCACUUUAUUGUGUGCGUUCACUCUGCCGCCAUCUCAAGAGGGUUCGUGUACUUCCAAACAUUACGGAACGUAAAGAGGCAAAUGGAGCAAACCUAUGGAGAGGUGAACCAACUGGGCGGUGUGUUCGUAAAUGGAAGACCCCUGCCCAAUGCCAUUCGGCUGAGAAUAGUGGAGCUGGCGCAGUUGGGGAUCAGACCCUGCGACAUAAGCCGGCAGUUGCGCGUCUCGCAUGGCUGCGUGAGCAAGAUUCUGGCGCGGUACAACGAGACUGGCUCCAUUUUACCGGGCGCAAUCGGUGGGAGCAAACCUCGCGUCACGACGCCCAACGUGGUGAAAAACAUCAGGGAAUACAAACAGAACGACCCCGGGAUCUUUGCGUGGGAGAUCCGAGACAGACUCUUAGCGGACGGCGUGUGCGAUAAGUACAACGUGCCCUCGGUGAGCUCCAUCAGCAGGAUUUUACGCAACAAGAUCGGGAAUCUGUCCCAGCCCAGCCAGUACGAGAGCGGCAAGCAAGCCUCGGCUCAGGCCGGCCUCCCUUACAACCCCAUUUAUCCUUACUCCUACCCCAACACCAUGUCACCCGCUGCCACCAAGAUGGGCUCCCCAGCUGGGGUGCCGGUGACGGCGGGACACUUGAGCAUCUCCAGGGCCGGCUGGCCCUCUGCACACACCGUCAGCAACAUCCUCGGGUUCCGAGCCUUCAUGGACCCCGCAGCCAUUGCUGGGACGGAGGGAUAUCCUACCAAAAUGGAGGAGUGGAGCAGCGUCAAUCGAGCAGCUUUUCCUGCAGCUCACUCAGUCAACGGCAUCGAUAAAUCAGCCAUUGAUGCUGAUAUAAAAUACGCACAGCCAACCUCCACACUGUCCGGUUAUGUCUCAGCGUGUGCAUACUCCCCCACAAACCAGUAUGGGGUGUACAGUAGCCCAGCGGGCGGCUACGUGGCGCCGGGUCACCACCACUGGCAGCCCCAGAGCCCGGCUUUGUCUCACCCGGGGAGCGGGAUGAGCAUGCACGCGGGGGAGAUCCACUCUCCGAUGGCCUUCAAGCACCACGCCCGAGAAGGAGAAAGAAAACCUCCCAGUCCGCUGAGCAAGCAGCAGCAGCAUGAAGACUUGAACAGUGUGCAUGGACUCAGUCUCCCUACCUCAUCAUCAUAACCGGGACUUUUACCAGCUUCCUAAUCAGAUUUAACUGAACUCAUUUCAACUCCAGUAAGUCUGAACCCAAACAAACAUGGGCUUCUCUUCAUUUUGUGGAUGCAGUAAAGCCAAAACAGGCUUUAAUGGCCUUAUGAAUGUAAGCUUGCAUGGAUGGAUGCAUCGGUGCUCCGCAAAGUACAACUAUUUUGUCAUUAAAAAGAGAAAAAAAAGUUUUGCAUGUCCAGAUCAUCAUUGAUAAGGAAAAAAGCUGUUAAACGUGUUUUCAUUCGUGUUUUCAACUCCAUUCUGCAGUCAUGGAAAAAAAAAAGAAUAUUUGCCAAAGCUUUAAUUAUAAAUAUAUUUUGAUAAUUUCAAUAUUAAAGAUAGUAUUAAAAAAUAGAAACUUUUUUUCACAGCUUAUUAUAAGAUCAAUAAACAUAAAGGGAUACUCUCAAAAACUCUCAAAAAAGGAAGACUCAUGCUUUUUGGAGCUCUGAACCAUUUUCUGGCAGCAGCCUUGAAUUAUUUUUGGUGGGCUGUUUUUCAUCAGGUCUUGCACUUCUCUGCUUCUAAUGGCCUGCAGAUCUUACCUAGGCCUAGUCUAAGAGUAGGGCCUAAUUUGAGUUUCCUGGAAUUAUAAUAUUUGUUGGUUAUUAAAUGGGUUCUUAGCUGGAAGAGCACUCAGGUGUAACCACCCCACCUUUCCAGAGAGUUGUGUACAGUCUGGGCGCCUUCACUGAUGUUAUCUUACUGGUAAUGAAGGCUGCCAUGAUGCAAAUCUAAGGGGUGAUGGCGCAAGUUGUGUGUGGCUGCAGCAAGUACAGCAGAUCUACUUCCACGAAGCCUCUCCAAGUUUCAGAAAAUAAAUUAUAAGCAUUUUCCUCAUAA